CAGCGGCGGCGGCGGCCCCGGCCGAGGUGCGCGCUGGUGGGGAGGGGGGGCCUGAGAGGAGCAUGAAUGGAGCAAAAUGGCGGAUCAUGUGCAGAGCCUGGCCCAACUAGAGAAUCUGUGCAAACAGUUGUAUGAAACAACAGAUACAACCACUCGACUGCAGGCAGAGAAAGCCUUGGUUGAAUUCACCAACAGCCCUGAUUGCCUGAGCAAGUGCCAGCUGCUCCUCGAGAGAGGAAGUUCGUCCUACUCCCAGCUGCUGGCAGCUACAUGCCUUACCAAGCUCGUGUCUCGGACAAACAACCCCUUGCCCCUGGAGCAGCGGAUAGAUAUCCGGAACUAUGUGCUCAACUACCUUGCCACUCGGCCAAAGUUGGCGACUUUCGUGACUCAAGCCCUCAUCCAGCUGUAUGCCAGGAUCACAAAGCUGGGCUGGUUUGACUGCCAGAAGGAUGACUACGUCUUCAGAAACGCAAUCACAGACGUCACAAGGUUCCUGCAGGACAGUGUUGAAUACUGCAUCAUUGGCGUCACAAUUUUAUCUCAGCUCACCAAUGAAAUUAAUCAAGUAAGUGCUACAGCCUUCCUUAUUGAAGCAGACACAACUCAUCCUUUAACCAAACACAGAAAAAUAGCCUCUUCUUUCCGAGACUCAUCACUGUUUGAUAUCUUCACACUUUCCUGCAAUUUACUAAAACAGGCAUCAGGAAAGAAUCUGAACUUGAAUGAUGAAAGUCAGCAUGGCUUGCUAAUGCAACUGCUCAAACUCACCCACAACUGUCUGAACUUUGAUUUUAUCGGCACAUCUACUGAUGAGUCCUCAGACGACCUGUGUACAGUUCAGAUCCCCACCAACUGGAGAUCAGCAUUCUUAGAUUCUUCGACUCUGCAGCUGUUUUUUGACCUGUAUCAUUCCAUUCCUCCCUCGUUCUCACCUUUGGUAUUGUCCUGCUUAGUACAGAUUGCCUCAGUCCGGAGAUCCCUAUUUAACAAUGCUGAGAGGGCCAAGUUUCUCUCUCAUCUUGUUGAUGGUGUUAAACGAAUACUGGAAAAUCCACAGAGUUUAUCAGACCCAAACAAUUACCAUGAGUUCUGCAGACUACUGGCUCGGUUAAAGAGUAACUACCAACUGGGAGAACUGGUAAAAGUGGAAAACUACCCUGAUGUUAUCCGAUUGAUAGCCAACUUCACAGUGACCAGCCUACAGCACUGGGAAUUUGCCCCAAAUAGUGUGCACUAUCUCCUGAGCCUAUGGCAGCGGCUGGCAGCCUCUGUACCAUAUGUCAAAGCCACAGAGCCCCAUAUGCUGGAAACAUAUACUCCUGAGGUUACCAAAGCCUAUAUCACAUCCCGCUUGGAAUCUGUGCACAUCAUUCUGAGGGAUGGCCUGGAAGAUCCCUUGGAAGAUACAGGUCUGGUCCAGCAACAGCUGGACCAGCUGUCCACCAUCGGGCGUUGUGAGUAUGAGAAGACAUGCGCGCUCCUUGUGCAGCUAUUUGACCAGUCAGCCCAGUCCUACCAAGAACUGCUGCAGAGUGCCAGUGCCAGCCCAAUGGACAUUGCAGUGCAGGAGGGACGACUGACGUGGCUAGUCUAUAUCAUUGGAGCUGUGAUUGGUGGCCGAGUUUCUUUUGCCAGCACUGAUGAGCAAGAUGCAAUGGAUGGUGAGCUUGUCUGUCGGGUGCUCCAGCUUAUGAACCUGACAGAUUCCCGCUUGGCUCAGGCUGGUAAUGAGAAGCUCGAAUUGGCCAUGCUGAGUUUUUUUGAGCAGUUUCGUAAGAUCUACAUUGGGGACCAGGUGCAGAAAUCCUCAAAGCUGUACCGCCGACUCUCAGAAGUUCUGGGAUUGAAUGACGAGACGAUGGUGCUGAGUGUCUUCAUAGGAAAAGUCAUCACCAACUUGAAGUACUGGGGUCGUUGUGAGCCAAUCACCUCCAAGACACUGCAGCUCCUCAAUGACCUCUCCAUCGGAUACAGUAGCGUAAGGAAGUUAGUGAAGCUUAGCGCUGUACAGUUCAUGCUGAACAAUCACACGAGCGAGCACUUUUCAUUUUUGGGUAUUAACAAUCAGUCCAACCUGACAGACAUGCGGUGUCGGACUACCUUCUACACAGCACUUGGGCGUCUCCUCAUGGUGGAUUUAGGAGAGGAUGAAGAUCAGUAUGAACAAUUCAUGCUUCCUCUAACAGCAGCGUUUGAGGCAGUGGCCCAGAUGUUCAGCACUAACAGCUUCAAUGAACAGGAGGCAAAGAGAACUCUGGUUGGCCUAGUGAGAGACCUGAGAGGGAUAGCCUUUGCCUUCAAUGCCAAGACCAGUUUCAUGAUGCUCUUCGAAUGGAUAUACCCCUCCUACAUGCCAAUUCUCCAGCGGGCAAUUGAGCUCUGGUACCAUGACCCAGCCUGUACCACACCUGUGCUCAAGCUGAUGGCUGAAUUAGUUCAUAACAGAUCUCAGCGACUCCAAUUUGAUGUUUCAUCUCCCAAUGGUAUCUUACUUUUCCGAGAAACCAGCAAGAUGAUAACAAUGUAUGGCAAUCGCAUCCUGACACUAGGAGAGGUGCCAAAGGAUCAGGUCUAUGCUUUGAAGCUCAAGGGUAUCUCCAUCUGCUUCUCCAUGCUGAAGGCUGCCCUCAGUGGGAGUUAUGUCAACUUUGGGGUCUUCCGUCUCUAUGGAGAUGAUGCCUUGGAAAAUGCCCUACAGACCUUCAUCAAACUACUCCUCUCUAUUCCUCAUAGUGACCUCCUGGAUUACCCCAAGCUCAGCCAGUCUUACUACUCACUACUGGAAGUCCUGACCCAGGACCAUAUGAACUUUAUUGCAAGCCUGGAACCUCAUGUCAUCAUGUACAUCCUCUCUUCGAUCUCUGAAGGACUUACUGCACUUGACACCAUGGUAUGCACAGGCUGCUGUUCCUGCCUAGACCAUAUUGUGACGUAUCUCUUCAAACAGCUGUCACGUAGCACCAAGAAAAGGACAACACCCCUGAACCGGGAGAGUGACUGCUUUCUGCAUAUCAUGCAGCAGCAUCCAGCUAUGAUCCAGCAGAUGCUGUCCACGGUGCUGAACAUCAUUAUCUUUGAAGAUUGUAGGAAUCAGUGGUCUAUGUCUCGACCCCUGCUUGGCUUAAUACUACUUAAUGAAAAGUAUUUUUCUGACCUAAGAAACAGCAUCGUCAAUAGCCAACCACCAGAGAAGCAGCAGGCCAUGCAUCUGUGUUUUGAAAAUUUGAUGGAAGGCAUUGAGCGGAAUCUUCUGACGAAAAACAGAGACAGGUUCACCCAGAACCUGUCAGCAUUCCGUCGAGAGGUCAACGACUCAAUGAAGAAUUCCACUUAUGGAGUGAAUAGCAAUGACAUGAUGAGCUGACAACUCUCGGACUCUACCUUGCAGAGCAGCGUCCCUUUGGUCUGGUCCAGAGGGUGAACAGUUGCAAGGGAGAGAGCCUGGCUGAUCCCGGCUCCUUCCUCCAGGGGUAUGGGGGAAAUGGCAAAAGUCAACCAGCUAUUUCCCCAGAAAGUACGGGGAAGUACGGGGUGUGCGUGCACUCACUGAGGGACAGGGCACUGCUGGUUCCUGGGGGACUGGGGUGGGAAGGGGUGGUGGGAGGAGACAGACGCACAGGCAUCUGAGCCUCCGGCCGCUCCUGGGGUCACCGUGCAGGGAGAGCCCGGCGCCCUGCCGCAGCCUGCCUUGUAUAAACAUGUACAUUUUUUCAUAACGUUUUCAACAAGGUUUAUAUUGACUCAAGUUUAAAAACAAAAGUGUGACUGAAAACUUUUUACAGAGUCUAGUGCACCAAUGCUGACGUGAGGGGUGAUGUAUGGCGAGUGAAGAAAAUGUGCAUUGUGGUGGCCUGAAGCUUUAUUGGACAAGGAUGUGUGAAAGUGCAGAGAUAUAUUUAGUGACACAGUGUAGAGAGGCAAAAAAGGAAAAGACUCCAAAUGUCUAUUUUUUCUUACUGCCCUUUCCCUCCCCACCCCCACUGAUGCGUUCCUGACGCUGUAUUAACCUUGUUAUUAGGAACUCUGAGCCAUGCGGGAGCACCACCCUCCCCAUCCAGCCUCCUGCAGUGACCGACAACUCCAGCUAAAAGACUCUGGUGUUUUAUCUCCAUCCUUUCUCCCAUUUACUUAACCCUCAUCCUCAGAAAGAUGCCUCUUGCUAUUAAAAGUUGGAUUUAUGUUUUAGGAUUCUUGGUCUCUAUAGGGAGACGGCAGAGAAUUGAGCCAUUUGCUCUCUUGUUGAGCAAUUUGCAUGAGUCCACCAGAGGCCUAAUAUGUGUGGCCAUAACUUUUGUCUUCCCCAGCCUUUGAGGCAGUGUGUAUGGAUGUGUGUGUGGAUAUUUAUGUAUGUACCCUGCACUCAUGAAUGUAUGAACUGGAGGAAGUUACUACAGGGGAGGGGUUCUUAAUAACAAGGUCUACCUAGCAUGAAGUAUUUAACAUUCUCCCUUGAAAAAUAUACAUUUUUAUAAAAUAAAAACCAUAAUAAAUGUUUUGAAUAUUAAAAAAGAAAAGUGAACCUACAGAGGAACAUUGGAUGGAGAAAACUCUUUGCCUUGUACUUUCCCACAACUGCUGCUAGUUGUACACAUCUCUAGUUCAGCUCUUACCCAUGGGACAUUACCAAUUAGGUUUUAUUUUUAUUUUCCUCAACCCUCACAAACAAGCUUAUUAAUUUUCCUUCUCCUCUGGCGACUGUGUGGUGAAUCUUUUCUUGCGUGAUCAGGUUGCGGAUAGACUUGUAAGGGUGUUUGCUGCAUACAGUGUAAGCAUUGUGACCGCCAAUAAACUUCGAUGGUUUCUACUGACCUGG